ACACAAUUCCAUGAUAAAUACACUUUCCUCUAACUCUACUUUUCAAUAGUAAAUUAAAACACACACAACCAUGGGAAAAUAUACUUUCUUCUUCCUUGUUUUUACCCUGUUUUUGUCAAAUUUUGUUGCUUCAACCCUUGGUAAGAAGCAAAGUGAUGUUCUUAGCAAGUUUUACAAGGCCAAGCAAAAGAAUUCAGCGUUUUACAAGAGUUAUUAUAAGGCGUCAGGCGUAGAAAAUGUAGAAUUAGACAAAGUUAUUCUUCCACAAGAGGGAUUAAAAGCGAAAGAUUGGAUCAAUAAAUUGCCGGGACAGCCACCAGUAAAGUUUCAACAAUAUGGUGGUUAUGUUACUGUCAAUCAAUCAGCUGGUCGUGCUCUGUUUUAUUACUUUACUGAAGCUGAAAAUUCCGAGGCAUUGCCGUUGCUUCUUUGGCUUAAUGGAGGUCCUGGUUGUUCUUCAAUUGCAUAUGGUUCAAUGGAGGAACUUGGACCAUUUAGAGUUAAUAGUGAUGGGAAAACAUUACACAGGAAUCAUUAUGCGUGGAACCGUGCUGCCAAUGUGUUGUUUUUGGAGUCACCUGCUGGAGUAGGAUUUUCAUAUACAAAUACAAGCAGUGAUUUCAAUACAACUGGAGAUAGUACAACUGCUAAUGAUAAUGUUGUGUUUUUACUCAAUUGGCUUGAGAGAUUUCCCGAGUAUAAGAAGAGAGAUUUUUACAUUUCUGGUGAGAGUUACGCGGGGCAUUAUGUACCUCAAUUGGCACAUGAAAUUCUUAAGCAUAACAAGCAAGCGAACAAGACUCUUAUCAAUCUUAAGGGAAUAAUUAUUGGUAAUGCUGUGAUUAAUGAUGACACAGACACUAUCGGAAUGUACGAGUACUUUGCAUCUCAUGCCUUAAUUUCGGAUGAAACGUACCAUGACAUCCUGAAUAGUUGUUAUGAUGAUAACUACAAUCAGAGCAAGUGCGAAAAGGCAGCUGAAGUUACAAACAAAAAUUUGAACAAUCUUGACAUCUACAACAUCUAUUAUCCCCUUUGUAAGGAUGAGAAUCUCACGAAAUACCCAAAAACACCGACACCAUUACAGAUUGACCCCUGUUCCGACAAGUAUAUUUAUGCUUACAUGAACAGGCGCGAUGUUCAAGAUGCACUUCAUGCCAACGUUACCAACCUCAAAUAUGAGUGGACAUCUUGCAGCGAUUCACUCUUUUAUGAUUGGAAGGACAGCCCGGUCACUAUAAUUCCUCUCCUCAAAGAGUCGUUGGCAAAUGGUGUCCGCGUGUGGAUUUUUAGUGGUGAUACAGAUGGAAGGGUGCCUGUUACUUCUUCAAAGAGAUCAAUACAAGCAAUGAACCUUACAGUUGAUCUACCUUGGCGCUCUUUGUUGAAUGGAGGAGAGGUUGGAGGAUACGUUGAGACAUAUAAAGGAGGUCUAGCAUUUGCAACAGUAAGAGGCGCGGGACAUGAAGUUCCAAGUUACCAACCUGCUAGAGCCCUUUCCAUCAUUUCUCAUUUCCUGUCUGGCACAUUACCCCCUGGAGAUCAUUAACCUAUCUAGCACAUCCUCUUUUUGUGUAAUUAAGAAUCAUUUUUACAAACUUUCUUAGAUAAAAAUUAAUUAAUAUAAACGCGAUUCUCUGUUCUUCUCUUUUGAAA